CUUUUGGGAACGAUGAUAGGGAACGAGCAGAGCUCUCAGGAAUCCAAACCGCCUCCAGUCUCACCUGCGGGUUUACCAGUCGGCGCUUCCAGGAGAAGAUUAUCCAGGGUCGGGAGGAAACAGAGCAAUGGAUCCGUCCAGUCUAGCUCAUCAAGUGGUACGGCCAGAUCAGUGGAGAGUGUGGGCAUCCUGCAACCUGCGAAGAACAAGAUCCGCCGUCACAAGCAUCGACUGUCCACUGUGUUUGGCCGCGGUUCUCGGAGAGGCUCUGGGGAGAUGGCUGCUUCAGGAGAGGAGGUGGUGACAGAGGAUCCCUCUGAGCUGUCAAAUCAUAUCACGGCUCCAGGCAUUCUGAAGAUAUUUGGCACUGAGAUCUGUGAAGGAGCCAACUACAAAAGUGUACUGGCCACAACACACUCCAGUGCCAAAGAGCUGGUCAAAGAGGCAUUAGCCAGAUACUCCCUAAGCAAAGAACAUGUUGAUGACUAUGUGUUAUGUGAUGUGAUUGGGUGUAUUGGAGAUCACCCCUGGAGGACAGAAUGUGUUCGUUUGGUAGGGGACAAUGAGAAGCCUCUCCUGCUGCAGUCCCUCUGGAAGCCCAGAGAGGGCUAUGCCCGCCGAUUUGAGAUCCAGCGCAAGGCCUCUGUGGAGGAAAAUAUCUCUAAAGAUAGGGACACUGUGACAGCAGGCAUAAACGCACAGGCACGAAAGCUGCAGAAGAUCCGCUCCAGAGGUAAAUAUGUUCUGCUGGAAUUGGGUGGAAGAGAUGGUGCAGUGGACAGCAAACACAAUCUGUUUAAGAGUCUAAGCGAGACGAACUUGACAGCAGAGGCUCAAAGCACCUGUGGUCACUCCUGUUCAGAGGCCCACAAAAACAUCAAGAACCAAUCACAGGGGGAGGAGCCAGAUUCCGAGGCCUACAAAGCAACACACUGUCCUGCCAAUGAAAGGGAGGAGACAGAGAGUAGCGACGACAACUCUACACAGUAUUCUAUUCACCCGCCCCUCGAGUUCCCGUACUUCCUACUUCUGCAGGGCUUCAGUUACAGACAGGAUUUCAUCAUCUAUGCACUGAUAGGUAGUUACACAGUAUUUGGUCGCCAAGUUGAACAAACUUCCACUGAGAUUGAUGGCAAUACAGAAAUUUUGCAUCUUUGGGCCCCUGAUAUCCUCCCACAGCACUGCUGUGUCCAGCGCCUGGAUGUCCAUCCAGCCCCUGACUCCACCCCAGGAAGUGUUACCCUUCUGAAGCCCAUCAACAGAGCUAAAGUGAAAAGGAAUGGAGUCACCAUCACCCGGAAUGUUGAGUUGCAAUCUGGAGACAUAAUUAGCUUGGGCGACCAUUACCUCUUCAUGUAUAAAGACCCAACCUCACCUGUGGUCUCAAUCUCUCCAACUGUUCCAAUGUCCCAUAUAUGCAAGAUGCCUCCUCAGUGUAAAACAAAUGUUCUGUCGGAAAGAGAGCGAAAGUAUAAUGGCUUGCCAUGCUUUAGAGACUCUGAUGGAGUAGAGCUGGUUCUGGAUUAUGAUGUGGAACACGAGACCAGAAUCCUGAAGGAGAUAUUUACCAUGACUGACCAGAAUAAAAAUGCAAGCAAACUGACUGCAUCUUUCCUGCUGUGCUUAUGUCUCCAGCAGUCUGCCACUCAUUUCUCAAUGCCUGCCCUUCGCAGGCUACUGUUACAAAUAGCCAAUGAAGUUCAAAUGGUUGUUUGGGAAAAGGCAAAGGAACUUGCAGCUUUGCAGCCUGAAACUACUGAAAAGCUGUUCCAGGCUCUGGAGCCUUUAGUCCUGUGGAUGGCUAACUCCGUCCAGCUCUUUCAUUUCAUCCAGAAGGAAGUGCCCUGUCUACUGCAUGGAAUCUCUCAAGAGGAGGAGGAAAACGAUUUGCUGGAGUUGUAUCUGUCCUCCGUGCGCUCUGCCAGUGAGGAGGCUAUGACGGUCCUGGAGGAGGUCAUUAUGUUCACCUUCCAGCAAUGUGUCUAUUAUCUCACUAAGAUGCUGUACCUGGUUCUCCCAAGCUUGUUAGACAGUAAUCCUUUCUCAGCGAGUGGGCAGCUGAAUAUCUCAGAGGAUGUCAAAGGAGUCCUGGACAUCUGUACCAAAACACUACAGCUAGUCAGAGUGUUCCAGGUGCACACAGAAAUCACCUUGCAGCUCUUCGCAUACCUCUUCUUUUUCAUCAACGCUUUGCUUUUUAAUCAGCUGAUGGAGAGAGGAACAGGAGGGACAUUUUACCACUGGUCCCGUGGGGUCCAGAUCAGGGCUAAUUUGGAUAUACUCGUGGACUGGGCUCACAGGGCAGGACUGAGUGAUCUGGCGCACAGCUACCUUCUCAAACUCUCAUCAGCUGUCAAUCUAUUAGCCACACCCAAGGAAAACCUGUUACAGAUGUCCUGGGGCACUCUGCGGAUGGAGUUUAUGUCACUGAAUCCGGCUCAGCUGCACCACAUUCUGAGAGAGUAUAAUCCACAGUGGUCCUGCUCUGCAGCAUGGACACCCUCUAGUGAUGAGGCCAGCGCUGCUCUCAGAACCAUUGACAUUCUGGAAGGUUUUGAUAACCAUCCACCUCUUAUCCUCCCUAUUGAUGGCUUUUUGCUGGAGCUAAAAAAAACAAUCUAUGAUGCAGGUUUAAUUAAACAACAGAGCCAAUUUCAAAGGCUGAUCAGAAAACUCACUGAUCCAGAAUCAGACCCAUGUUCCACAGAGCCGCCACAGCUUGUCUCUGCAGUGCCAAUGGAGGCCAAGCUUACCAAAAUGGAAGUUCAUCCAAAAGCUCAGCUUGAGAUAGGCCAUACAGAGAUUGUGUUUCCUCAUGCUGGAAUGAGUGACUAUGGGUUUUGUGAAGCUCUUUUAACAAAAAAGCUGCAGAAUCUUGAGCUGAAGAAUAACAGAGUGAACCACAGCAGUGUGGAGCGAUUGACACUGGACCCGUCGUGUUUACUUACCCCACCAAACACACCACAGAACCUGGAGCUGAUGGAUUCUGAAACAGACCAACAGGAGGCAGAUCAAAAGUUCAAAAACCUUCCAAAAAUCAAACAAGAUGAAGGCGAGAGUGAAGAACAUGAUAUUGGAGAGGAAGAUGUGUUUGUGCUUGAGUUGCAGAGAGGCGCGUGUGGUCUUGGUCUGGCACUGGUGGAUGUAGAGGAAACACAAUUUAAAGUCAGUGGGAUAUACAUCAAAACAGUGAUCCCAGAUUCUCCAGCUGCUUUGUCCCAGAGGCUGAGAGCAGGGGAUCGCAUUCUGGCAGUAAAUGGACUCAGCCUGGUAGGGGUGGACCACAAAAUUGGCAGGGAGCUCAUUCAGAUGUCGGGAGAAAGGACCCGGUUACUAGUUGCCAGAUCUGACAGCACUACAACAAAGGAAAAAAGGGCAAAACUUCCUGCAUAAUCCUCUGCAGCACUUUGAGUCGAAACUUAACUCAAAAUCUGCUUUUGGUCCUUCCACAGAGAUACCUGCAUAGAAAUUCUGGGGGGAAAAAACACGCAUUUUGUUCUCUUACGAGAGGUUCUCUCGUAUUGCGUAAGCUAGCUUACGCU